GUAGGGCGCAUGCGUCUUGCUGCAGGGAGGCCGCGCACGUUGUGGCUGGGCCAGGCGGGGAGGACAGGACGAGGAGGAGACGAAGAAGAAGAAGAAGAGGGGCCUGCGAAGAGGCUCUCAAGGACGAGAGGAAAGGCGACCACCUCGGGAGGAAGAAAACCCUGCUGAAUCGCAUCGUGACUGCCUUGGUUUGCUUCGGUCUUUAGCAAUGUCUACGGCAAGAGAAAAGAAACAUGCCAAGAAAAUGAGAAACCAACCUGCUAGUGUCACUCUGUCUUCUGGUGUAGGGGCUGACAGUAGUGGAGUAAAGCAUCAUAAUGGGGGAGGCAUAUCUUUCCAAUCACAAAGGCAAGAGUUGCAUUCCGGGACUUCCCAGCAUCAGCCGGAGAAGUCAACGCAUCAGCCUCCCUCUUCUGAUCUCUGUAAUGUCGAACACUAUAGAGGAGAGAAGGGAAAAGGAAAGGGAGGGUGGAGAGGAGGACGCCAAGGCACAUCUCAAGAAUUACCCAAGUAUAUAACCGCAUCUACUUUUGCUCAAGCCCGAGCGGCUGAAAUCAGUGCCAUGUUAAAGGCUGUGACGCAGAAGUCUUCAAAUUCCCUAGUUUUCCAGACUCUACCCAGGCAUAUGAGAAGACGGGCCAUGAGCCAUGACAUUAAGCGGCUUCCGAGACGGCUGCGUGAGAUUGCCCAGAAAGAGGCAGAAAAAGCAGCACACCAGAAAAAAGAGCAUUCGAAAAGUAAAUGCCGCAAGGCCCGACGCCAUCACUCAAACCUGCUUUUGGAGUUUAAUCGUAGACAAAAGAAGAAUAUGUGGUUAGAAACCCAUAUUUGGCAUGCAAAGAGAUUUCAUAUGGUGAAGAAGUGGGGUUACUGCCUUGGAGAUAGUCCUACAGUUAAGAGCUACAGAGCUUGUUAUCGAGCCAUGACACAACAGUGCCUUCUUCAGGAUUUGUCUUACUACUGCUGCCUGGAGGUGAAUGGAAAAGAGGAAGAAAUACUAAAGGCACUUGCUCGAAUCUGUAGCACAGACACAGGACUGACUUUUGCAGCUGUUCAGUGUUUGUCCGGAAAGCGCCAAGGCUCUCUAGCCCUUUACCGGGCAGAUAAAUAUCCUGAAGAAAUGCUCGGUCCUGUUACGUUUGUUUGGAAGCCCUUGGAUGACCCUGGGGUUAUUUCUGAAACCAGGCAAUUGUGGAUUUGGGUUCAUCCAACUCUUAAACAGGAUAUAUUGGCUGAGAUCAAAACUGUGUGUCAGUGUGAAGAACCUACUAAAGUAGUUGACAGUAUCUCUGAACCAAUUAUAACGCCACUUCCAGAGGUACCACCUCAAAAGAUAAGCCAAUUUGAAGUCACUAAGAACAUUGGCAAGAAAAGGAAAAGGGAAGGUACAACAGAGGAAAAUGCUAAACGAGCAAAAAAAAUUGUGGGUGAUGGAACUAGAAAUCCACUUCAGCCAUAUUCUUGGACAUCUCAGACUACUGGAAUUACUAUUAGCGAUCUGACAAUGGAAAUGAACAGAUAUCGUCUGAUCGGUCCCUUCUCUAACUGUGUCCUUACCGAAGCCCUGAAAGCCGCUUCUAUCCAAACGGAUGCCGGAGAUGGAGAAACACCACCUCACAGUUGGUGGGUCAGAAACUGUAAGAAUCCUGACGGCGUUUCUCGUCAUCACCGUCAAGAAGCCAUCUUUGAAUUGCUGGGAGGGAUAGCCUCUCCAGCAGAAAUUCCAGCAGGUAGUGUACUGGGUCUGACUGUUGGAGAUCCUCGAGUGACUUUACCUCAAAAAAGGUCCAAAGCUCUACCCCAUCCAGAAAAAUCCCAAGAUCAAGAGAAAAUUAGGAAACUGCUUCUGGAGGGUGUGCCCGUGGAGUGCUCUCAGAGCUUUAUUUGGGACCAGGAGGUCUGCAAAAGUGUCACGGAGAAUAAAAUCUCGGAGCAGGAUUUAAACCGAAUGAGAAGUGAACUGUUGGUGCCUGGCUCGACUCUUGUGUUAGGUCCCCAAGAAUCCAAGAUUCCAGUACUUUUGAUUCAACAGCCAGGACGAGUAACUGGCGAAGAUCAGUUAGGAUGGGGAAGUGGCUGGGAUAUACUUCUUCCGAAAGGCUGGGGCAUGGCUUUCUGGAUCCCAUUCGUCUAUCGCGGUGCACGCGUUGGUGGGUUAAAAGAAGGUUUGAAACACUCUCUGUAUAAGGGGACGCCUCAUAUACCAAAUGACUGCCCAGACUGCCCUGCUGGAAAGAGGUUCGCCAAAGAGCAAGAAGGGAGUCUUCUUGAAAAGUACAAAAGGCGCCCACCUGCCAAGAGGGCGAAUUAUAUCAAGUAUGGCACUCUGACACCGUUCCGCUGCCCCUGGGAACAGCUCACCCAAGACUGGGAAGCGAGAAGCAAAACCGAGGUGGGACCGAUAGAGAUGUCAUCGCCUGCGAGCGAGAAGAGUCCAUCCGGAAGGCAGCCUAUGUCUUGUCCUCAUCAGGAACACGUACCCAAGCCGUCUUCGGAAGAGGGCACAUCUGAAAACCAACCCGCAGAACCCGAGGAGCAAAUGGAUUCAGAGUCUCAAGGCUCCUGUAGGGAUGAUGGGUCUACCCCAGAUAGCCUCUUUCAUGUUAUUAGGAGCAAGAAAUUACUGAAGCAGCUGGCGGCCUGGUGCAAGCCUAUCUCUGGGAGACGCCAAGGGGCACGACAGACUUCCAGACCGGCUGUGCCCGAGCUGACUGAGGAAGCCUGCCUGACGGUCACAAACAGCCGUCCGAGAUCACUCGUGUGGGUCUCUCUGUCUUUGCUCAAGAAGGGCAGCCCCGAGCUGCACGCCAUGAUUUGUAUUCCGACGGAGGAGGACUUGCUUCAGCUGACUGAAGAUCGACUCUACUGCGGCCCUCAAGAAUCCAAACACUGCGAUCCGUUCAAGGGCCGAGCCCUGAAGCAGAAGAAACAGAAGAAAACGGAGAGACGGCAGAAACGGGGAAACGCGGCCGAGGAGGCCGACGACCUGACCGUCGGCCUGUGGCCGGACCCGCUCCCGGACGUGACUUCCCACUGCUCCAGGAUUCUCCUCGGAUUCGUCACUCAGGGAGACUUCUCGCUGGCCGCCGGCUGUGGCAAAGCGUUGGGAUUUGUUAGUGUGACUGGGCUGCUCUCUUUGCUGUCGGCUCAACCGACAGACAGGAGGGGGUUGGUCUUACUGAGAAAUCCUGCCUCUCUGCAGUAUAGAUUUGCUAGAAUUGCUAUUGAAAUAUAAAUGUCACGGGAACACACAAAGGAUGGCAGGCACCACAGUCAGAGUCAGUGGUAUCUAUCGAGCGCUUAUUAUGUGCAGAGCACUGUAUUAAGCGCUUGGGAGAGCUUGAAUCGCAAAAUCUGCAGACCCCAAACUGGAACCAUAUCAAGUUAAGGACUUCUUACUGUCAUAUGCGGUGUGAAAUCCCUUGGAAAAUAGAACGAAAACCCUUGCGGUGUAUUAUAUGAGUGGAAAUAUACGUUGCGUCAGAUGUUUACAUUG